UUUAUACGGAUUUCCAAUCAAAGUCCUUCCCUCGCAAGAGGAAGAGCGCCGAAGUUGUGAUGCAAAUGUGGAACGCGAGCAGGUAUUGUGGAUGCCGUAUAUCGAAAAGGAGCGUUUACCCAACAGCGAGAGCAAGCUCAAAGAGAUGAUCCGCAAGGGUGUACCUCCCACUCUGCGCCACUGGGUAUGGAUGGAGGUCAGCGGGGCCCGGAAGAAGAAGGCCUCACAUGCAGAGUCGUACUACUCGAUCAUGGUCAAGGCGGGCGAGGAGUCCGCUAACAAGAAGGACAUUGAGAUGGACUCGCAACACACCUUCCCCGAGCACCCCUGGCUGUCCAGUGCCGAUGGCCAAGCAGCCCUAAGAAGGGUACUGCAGGCGUACAGCGUCCACAACGACCGCGUUGGUUACGUUCGCGCCAUGAACGUGAUUGUGGGGCUUAUGUUGGUUGCGCUCAACCGAAACGAGGAGGCGGCUUUCUGGUUGUUGGCCGCGCUGGUGGAAGACAUCCUGUAUCCGGGGACAUACAGCAGAAAUCUGGAGGGAUGUCAGGUUGAGAUGCGGGCGCUGGACGAGCUGAUCUCCACCAAGCUACCCCGCCUGCACGAGCACUUCACUGCCAUAGACCUGGAUAUCUCCAUGCUGGCCACUGACUGGUACCUGUGCCUCUACUCCCUGUCACUGCCGUCAGAGACGGUGAUGCGGGUGUGGGACGCCCUGUUCUUCGAGGGCCCCAAGAUCUUGUUCCGGGUGGCUCUGGCGCUUCUCAAGAUUUACGAGGAACACAUGCUACGAGUCAAGGACGCUGGCGAGCUGAUGAUGCGGAUGCGCAACGCCGCUGCCACCAUGCACCAGCGAGAUGUGCUGCUUGCCACCGCCUUUGACGGCAUUGGGGGACUGCCCAUGGCCACCAUUGACCGCUUCCGGGAGCUGAAGCAGCGGGAGGUGGAGGAGAUGUUGGCGGGGAGGGGCAUCAAGGCGGAGGUGCUGGCGGGAGCUGGUGGCAGCAGUGGCACCUCCCCUGCAAUGGAGAAGGCGGCCAAGGAGGCGGCUGAGAAGAUGAAACAGGGCUUUGGCAAGUUCAUGGCGGGCGUAACCAAGCUGGCCGACAAGACAGCGGAACAGCUGGCCCGGAUGAAUACCAGGGAGGACCAACAACAACCAGCCGUCGCCACCGGCGGCAGCCCGGCACCGGCACCCGUACCCGCACCCGCCGCCCCCUCCGCGGCUUUGGGUUCCCCGGGGGCUUCCUCGGAGGGGUCGGCAGUGGCAGCCGCGGCACAGGAAGGGGCGGAGAAGGCGCCGUCCGGUAAUCCCUUCAUCUAA